ACAGUUUAAAACAUACAUAAAUCUAGAUAAAUAAAUAUUUAUAGUUUAUAAAAUCAAAAUUGGCUUAACAUCAACAAAUAUAAAAAAAUCACCAAAACAAAGAAAACACCACCAACAACAUGUUGUUUGUCGUAAGCUGAAAACAUCAGGAAAAAAAAAAUAAAUUUUUAAAAUCAAAAAAAAAAUUUGCUACUGUAAACGAAAUAUGCUCAAAACUAUGAAAAAGCUUUAACCAAAAGUUACUAAAUGCAAAAAUGCAUGCGGAAAAGCUCCAUUAAUAUAAUCACAUUUUCUGAACAUUUAUACUGAUGACAGCUCACCAAUGUCCACAUCUGAUGUUGAAAGUUUUACAGGCAAAAUCGUUUGUAACAUCGAUGGCAGCUCAUAUAUAAUCGAUGCAGAAAAUGCAACAUUAUCGAGUUUAAACGAUAAUUCUUUAAGUGUUGCAGCUAUAUCUGUUACCAAUGAUAAAACUUCAACUUCAAUUUUGCAAACAACGAAAACAUCAUCAAAAUCUUGUAUAAAUUUAAAUAUAAGCGCGGAAAAAACACCAACAUCAUCGUCAGCAGUAGCAACAUCAUCAUCAGCCGCGGUUAAGAGUUUUUCUUUAUCGGGUAAAGAGGGUCAGGAGCAGGCGCAAAAGCAGCUUCAACAAACGAUAAAUCCUAAAAUUCAUACAUUUCGUGUCGUGAGCGCAAAUGAUGCCAACAUACAAUUACGACAGGAAAAUAAUCUAUUCAAAAUACAAAAACCCAUUUUAAUGUGUUUUAUUUGUAAACUUUCAUUUGGCAUAACCAAAUCAUUUAGUUUGCAUGCAAACACCGAACACGGUUUAGAUUUGCAAGACUUGGAAAAACACUUGUUAAUGCAACGUGAAUACUCGAGUGCCAUCAUACAAAGAAAUAUGGAUGAAAAUCCGCAAAUAUCGUUUUUGGAACCUGUCGAUGUGGAUGCUCCCCCGAUGAUUUCCGAGCACUCAGCGACCGAAGAAUUCAGUGGCAUGGAAACGCAGCUGGAUAAUGACACAACGAAUACCCAGCAAACUGUAGGAGCUGCUUCGACCAGUGAGAUCACCGCCACCACUUCUGCUUCAAACACCUCCUCUUUGUCAUCAACUUCAAGCUCUAGCUCUUCAUCAUCAUCUUCCUCUUCGCCACUGUCUCCCUGCUGUACGAACAACAGCACCACUACUACUACCAACACUAUAACUACUUUAGCAAUGAGUGAUAUGCCUCAAGUUGUUUCGUCAACUCACGAUGACGGACAGAAUUCGCAGUGUACAUUUGACAGUACAAUGCCAACAUUGUUGAAAUCUCAAGCCAGUGAAUCGGCAUCCACUACAACCACCACUACCACUACUUUAGGUUCCUUAAAUUUAGAUAAAUCAAAUACUAACAACUAUAAUAUUAGUGAUUUAGCCACGGAUCAUUUUACCAUCUCUACAACUACGACUAUGGCGACCUCCACUUACCCCUCCUCACUAGCAACAACAUUAUCUUUAUCAUCGACCACUUCAGCAGCAGCAACUGUAACAUCACCAGGAGCAGCAGCAGCAACAAUAUUAACGUCAUCUUCAACAUUCACAAAAAUACCAACACCACCACCUACAUUAAUAUCCCUGAGAGCGGGGGUAGAUUUAUCUGCGUCUACCGGAAAUUUAGCAACAGAUGCUAUUAGUACUGAUAGUUUAGUAAAUAUUAAUAAGUAUAAUGAUAAUUCCAACAACGAUUCCAUUGAACCUCAAUCACAAGACAUCACAAACACUACAACACAUUCAUCAAAUCUAAGUCCAAAAUCGCUUCAUGUAACGCCUCACCAGUCCACAAAUCUCAAUACUAGCAUAAUGAGUGAUUUCUUGCAACAGCAUUUACAACGUCUCACAGCUGGCCGCGCAACGGCUGACGAAGAUUCUCAACAGAAAAACCUCGAAAAUGAUAACAUGAGCUGGUCUCAACCAACGGCGAAUACAUUUCCAUUACCUGUAACAGCCUCAAAUGCCUCAGUCGCUCAAAUAAGUUCCUUACAUGCCUCAUUGGCCGCUUUAAAUUCUGAACAAAAUACUAGUAGUGUUAAGUUAAUUAGUAAGUUCCUUCAACAUCAACUAGUUGCUGCCCAGCAACAACAACAGCAACAUCAAAAACAACUCACCUCUCAUACGUUAAAUCACGCCGAGGCGUAUAUAAAUCCAGCAACUUCAUCAACACCAAACACUUCCGCAAUGCUUAAUAUCUGCCCAGACCACCCAGACUUUAAGGGUGUCGACUGUAAGACUUGUGAAAUGUUAGAAGCCCAUCAAACGUACAAACCAUCGCCACAAGUAACUCCCCAACGUUCGCCCACCAAUUCUGGUAUUGCUGCUGCUGCUGCGGCAGCUGCAGCCGCGGCCGGUCUUGGUCUCCUAUCGGCUGCCAAUCAACUUUCCAUGUCACCCAAUCACUCGCUAAAUGCCAAUAAUUUGCCACCAGGCCUCAAUGUCUCGCUCAAUACGCCACCUCUUAACAAUCCCGGCAGUGCUGCCAGUUUUACUAUUGGCGCUUGUUCAGAUCAUAUCAACGGUCGUCCCUUAGGUGUCGAGUGUGCUCGAUGCGAAAUGAUUUUAAACUCUGCACGUCUUAAUAGCAACGUGCAAAUGUCUACUCGGAAUUCUUGCAAAACCCUUAAAUGUCCACAAUGCAAUUGGCACUACAAAUACCAAGAGACUUUAGAAAUUCACAUGCGUGAAAAACAUCCAGAUGGAGAAUCAGCGUGUGGUUAUUGUUUAGCAGGACAACAACAUCCACGCCUAGCACGCGGCGAAUCAUAUUCGUGUGGCUAUAAACCUUAUCGCUGCGAAAUUUGUAAUUACUCCACCACUACCAAGGGUAAUCUCUCAAUACAUAUGCAGUCCGACAAACAUUUAAAUAAUAUGCAAGAGUUAAAUAGCUCACAAAACAUGGUGGCAGCAGCUGUGGCAGUUGCCACCGGUGGUGUGGGGAAAUUGGAUGCAACACCAAAGAUCAAUUUAGCAACAACAAUGGGCAGCUUAGCUUCACAGCAGCAACAACAGCAACAACAAACGCAACAUACUCACAGUAAUGCUAGCAACAGUAGCAGUAUUGGUUGUAGUUUGUCAGCAACGUCUAGUUGCGGUACCUUAUCGACUAGUUUGCAAGCGGGUAAUGGGAGUGGUGGCGUAUUAGGUAGCAGUUCAAAUAAACCGAAGCCCUCAUUUCGUUGUGAUAUUUGCAGUUAUGAGACAUCGGUGGCGCGAAAUUUACGCAUUCACAUGACUAGUGAGAAACACACGCACAACAUGGCCGUUUUGCAAAACAACAUCAAACACAUACAGGCUUUGACAUUCUUACAACAGCAGCAGCAACAACAGCAAUCCCAACAACAACAGGGUAAUAACUUUAUGCCUGAAGUAGCUCUGGCAGAUUUGGCCUAUAAUCAGGCUCUUAUGAUACAAUUGUUACACCAAAACGCAGCUGCCGCCGCAGCACAGGCCCAAACCCAACAGCCAGUACACAGUCCUCUACCUGUAAGCUCGCCAGCUUUAUUGCCUUCUAACAAAUCAGGCAUUAAAUCCCAGGCAACCUCUCCACCCGCCUCAAGUGAAAUGACGCCAACAUCACCCUAUUCACCAAAAUCAAAUGAUUUAAGCUCGUCUGAUCUGGUCACUAGUAACAUGGAGCCUCCCAUCAAACCGGACUUGUGGCCGACGACUUUAUUCAGUUGUCUGGUGUGCAGUAACUUUAAUACAAACAGUCUGGAUGAACUUAAUCAACAUUUGAUGAUAGACCGUUCAAGACAAACGACUCCAUCCGCUUGCUCAACGAGAUCGAUGUCACCAACACACUCGAGUACUAGCUUGUCGGGCUCAGCCUACUUUUCCGACAUUAUGAUCUUUCAAAAUAACAAUUACAUUUGUCGUCUGUGCAACUACAAAACAAACCUUAAAGCCAACUAUCAGUUGCAUAGCAAGACGGACAAACAUUUGCAGAAACUAAACUUUAUAAAUCAUUUGCGUGAAGGAGGAACUGACAAUGAAUACAAGUUGAAAUACUAUCAACAGCAGCAGCAACAAAUUGGUUCCAAUACUGUGCAAAUCAAAUGUAAUUCUUGCGAUUUCUACACAAAUUCCAUACAAAAGUUGUCGCUGCAUACGCAGCAUAUGCGUCACGAAACCAUGAUCAUGAUAUUUCAACACUUGAAUUACUUGGUUCAACAGCAGCAGCAACAACAGGAACAUACUAGUAGUAGUAGCUGUGGUGCUACUGAUGACUCCUCUACAAACCCUAACAGUGAAACGACGCCACUAAGUCUGGUAGAUGCUAAUACACCAACAUCAACAGCUACAUCGUCAUUAUUAUUAUCUUCAUCGUCAUCAUCAUCAUUAGCAGCAUCAGUCGCAGCCAAACCAGCAUCAGCAGCUAUUACCUGCAACAAGUCUCUGCUUUGUCAUCUGUGCAACUUUAAAGCCAAUUCAUUGCUCGAAAUGAUACAGCAUGUGAAGAGUAUACGUCAUUUGCAAGUUGAACAAUUUGUUUGCUUGCAAAGACGUAGCGAACAACUGGAGACACCCAGCCUUGAUGAUGUCUUCAAGUUGUGCAAUAAAUCUCAACGCAAUAACGAUUCAACAACACCAAGUUCAACCCCAACUCAUACGUCUAACAUAAUCGAUAAUAAGACGUCAUCGGCUUGUUUUGCCAAUUUGAUUGAAUCAGAAAAUGAAGACUUUCAAAAUAAAAUGUUCUUCGAUCAGAAUGAUGAAAUUGAAAAUAAUACAAAUUUAGAUACCAUGGAAAACUCAACGACAGCGAUUCCUUUAGCUCAUUCGCAACAAAAUAGUGCCAAGAUAUCAUCAACCAUUACGGAAGAAGCAGCCAAUGUCGAACCUAGUAAUAUACCAGCCAUGAUUUACAAAUGUAAUAAUUGUGAUUUCUUUGGACAAUUAAAACAUGAAGUUGAAGCACACAUCGAGGCAACCCAUCCUAAUGGAGAUAGCAGUGAAGUUAUAAGUAUACCAACCAAUCCAGUAGCAAUUCAGGCUUUUCAAGCUGCUAUGGCUGCGGCUACAUUGGCGGCCGUGAGUCGUGCUUCAAAAACAUCCAACAGUCCCUCGCCGACACCGAAUUUAGCACAGACAAAAAUCGUAAAUGCGGUUGCACAAGACAGUGAAGAUGACUUAGGUCCUGUGGCUAUUAAACGGGAACGUCUUGAUAUAUCUGAUCAAGAAAUUUUACCAGAGGGGUCAGCUUCAGUAUUGAAUGAACUAAGUACCUCUAUGGAAGUCGAUGAGCAACAUGAGACUCCUGCUCAAGUUAAACCGAAUAAAAGUGUACAGUGUCCUUUGUGUCAAGAUUACUUCACAGAAAAACAUGCUUUGGAAAUACACUUGAUGACUGUACAUAGCGUUAACAGAGACGGCUUAUCUCGUCUUUUGCUACUGGUGGAUACAAGUUUGUGGCAAACUGAAGAAACUUCCCUCCAAAAUUGUCCACAGCCAGUUGCGCUCGAAACUGCUUCAUCGACAUCUUCCUCUACCAAAGCUGUAAGUGACACAACCUUGCCAGGAACUAAGCCGCCACUAACCGGUUAUGAAUUGUUGUUGUGCCAACAGUGCGGUUCCAGUUUUAAGCACGAGCAACAAUUAUUACAGCACGCACAAAAAAUGCAACAUUACACUAUGCAAAAGGGUGAAUAUCUCUGUUUAGCAUUCAAUUCAGUACGAAAUCCUUGUAAAAUGCACUAUCCAACACUAACUGCAAUGUUCAAUCACUAUAAUGACUCCCAUAUGAGAUUGGUAAUAUCUGAACGUCAUGUUUAUAAGUAUCGCUGUAAGCAGUGUUCCUUAGCGUUUAAAACCCAGGAGAAAUUGACCACUCAUACUCUUUACCAUACAAUGCGUGAUGCUACAAAAUGCGCCAUGUGCCAACGCAACUUCCGUAGCACUCAGGCUCUACAAAAACACAUGGAGCAGGCUCAUAGUCAAUCAACAACCGGAAACAAUUUAGAAUGCGCCAGUCCACGAACAGUUUCGCCCUGUGGAAGUGAAAUGGAAAGACCCGGUCCAGAAACUAGUCGCACAACCAGCGCAAGUGAUAAGUUUGAGAACGAAUCAAAUAGAUCUAUUACACCAGGACCAGAGAUAUGUCCGCCAACCCAAUCUCCCGGUUCCACUCAGAAUGAACCACAAAACUCACCGUCACCAUCAACACAACAGCAACAAAUGUCCACCAUAACAGCUUUAAUAAACCAACAACAACAGCAAAAUGCUUCGCCUUCUGAGCUGUUGCACCAUAUGCAAAUGCAACAUCAACAAUUUCAAAACCUCCCGGCUUUACAUAACCUCCAACAGAUGCAACAGCAAUUACCCCAAUUUGCUGCUGCCGUCGCUGCAUCUGGCAUGCCAAUAAAUCCUGUCGAAAUGCUGAAUCUCAUGCAAUUUCAUCAUCUUAUCUCAUUGAAUUUUAUGAACUUGGCACCUCCUUUAAUAUUUGGCGGUAAUGCAGCUGCAGCUUCAUCCGUCACCGCUUCAAACACUACUAUUCCAACAAAUAUGCCAAACAGCAAUGUUUCACAGCCUCCCUCUCAUGUUGCCCUAACAACAGACCUUACAACGUCCUCAUCAACAUCUAACGUAACACCAUCAUCCGUACCAGCUCUACCAAAUGUCGACGUAAGUGCUCAAAUUUUGCAGCAGCAACAACAACAGAUUUCUCCCAGUUCAUCAAAUUCACAGCUGCUUAAUAAUCAAAAACGUGCACGUACCCGCAUUACAGACGAUCAGCUAAAAAUUCUGCGCGCUCAUUUCGAUAUAAACAAUUCCCCCAGUGAAGAGAGUAUUUUGGAAAUGUCUCAAAAAGCCAAUUUGCCCAUGAAGGUUGUUAAGCAUUGGUUUCGUAAUACAUUAUUUAAGGAACGUCAACGCAAUAAGGACUCACCUUAUAACUUUAACAAUCCACCUUCAACUACAUUAAAUUUGGAAGAAUAUGAGCGUACUGGUCAAGCAAAAGUAAUGCCUCUCACAGACCAAGUCCAGCAACAACAACUACAGAUACCAUCUCGUCCCUCAUCUGCUCAUUCCAUUAGUAACAAUAGUGAAUAUUCCAAUCAACAACAGCAGCAACAGCAGCAGUUGGAACACAAACAAAGAGAAGAGGCGGAGACAUUGCGUUCCCAGGCCUCAAGUGUGGCAAGUUCAACAUUCCCUUUAGAUGUACAAAUAAAGACAGAACCAUGUGAAGAUUUGACUACGCCGACUUCUAACUCCUUAGAAAAUCCUGCAUCUACGGCUAUGACAACAUUUCUAAAGCAACAACAACAGCAACAAAAGCUACGUUUUUCUAACCUAGAGCAACAAGAACACGAUUUAAUGAUGAUGUCCGAACAGCAUUUGUCUUCAGCUGCAGUAGCUGCACAACAGCAACAACACGCUGCGGUCGUAGCUGCCGCCUCAUUUUACAAUAGCUACGAGACCAAAUCUGAGAGUGAGAGUUCUGACAUGCAUUCGCGCCCACACACACCGAACAGUAAUACAACGUCGAAUUUAUAUGCCAGCAUGAACGACUUGUUAAGUCAACAAUUGGAAAAUAUGCCACUCAAUCAGAUGGGUCCGCCAAAAAAGUUUCAACUAAAUCCAAACUCUAAUCCAUGCAGUAACAUAAGCAGCACUACAAGCGAACGUUCGACAAUUCACAAUCAAGCCGGGAUUGGUGGCACCAGUAGUGCCAGCGGUGUUAUUGGUGGUGCCAGCACAGGUGGCAGCAUUACAGUCAGCAGUAAAUUAUUUGAGAAGCACUCGCCAUCAGCUCAAUAUGAUACCAAUUCUAACUCCUCAAAUUCAUCGACAACCUCAAGUGGUAAAAGAGCAAAUCGCACUCGUUUCACUGAUUAUCAAAUUAAAGUGUUGCAAGAGUUCUUUGAGAACAAUUCCUAUCCAAAAGAUAGCGACUUGGAAUACUUAAGCAAGUUAUUAUUGCUGUCGCCGCGUGUUAUAGUAGUAUGGUUUCAAAAUGCCCGACAAAAGCAGCGUAAAAUAUAUGAAAACCAGCCAAACAAUUCAUUGUAUGAAUCCGAAGAGAAAAAACAAAACAUAAAUUAUGCUUGCAAAAAAUGCAGUUUGGUAUUUCAACGAUAUUAUGAGCUGAUACGACAUCAAAAGAAUCAUUGCUUCAAGGAGGAGAAUAACAAGAAAUCAGCCAAAGCUCAAAUAGCAGCGGCUCAAAUUGCACAAAACCUGAGUUCAGAAGAUUCCAACUCAUCGAUGGAUAUUAACAGUGCGGCUGCGGCAGCACUUUUGGCUCAACAUCAUCCAGUUGUUGGAGUGUCUGCAGCUACUGGUAUGGGCAAAAAUACCCCAACCGCCGGUGAAUUCAGUCCAAUACCAGGUAAUGCCACUACGCCUCCUCGAGAUCAAGGCAAUAGCAAUAACAGCGAGAAUCAGAAGUUCGCUUGUGAUAAAUGCAAACUGACAUUUACCCAUUUCGAUCAUUUACGUGAACAUCAACUGAUGCAUUUAGUGAAUCCAAAUUUACAUCUGGCCGCUGAAAGUCAUACAACAGCAAGUGCUGCCGCAGCCGUUGCUGCCUAUGGUCCCUUUGGUAGCAUUCUCCAAAGUCUUCAGCAAGCUGCUCAUCUACAACAGGCGGCGGCCAAUACAUCAACUCCACAGCCAGUAGCUAAAAAGCGUAAAUAUUCAGAGACUUCCUCGAAUGCAGACGAUUUGUCUUCCCUAGGGGGUUUUUCUCUGACGGGAGCCGAUUAUGACAGCCAUGCCAAAAAGUAUAAUUUUUUAUAUCAAUAUUUCCUCCAAAAUGAAGGCAACUCGGAGUUGCGACAACAAUUUCACAACCAAGAUAGCGCUGAGUUAAACAUGGAAUUUCUCGCCAACUACUAUCAGCAGACUGAGCUCAAGAAACGCAACAACUAUGAUUUCUUAUUUCAAUAUUACAUCAGGAAUGAACAGCAAACAAAUGCCAACUUUGAACUUGCCGAUAACAACAAGCCCAACAUAGAAUUUUUAUUACAAUAUUAUCAACUUUGUGAAUCGAAAAAGUUUUUUCAGUUAGAGGCCUCGCCCCAGCGAAUACAUGAUGGACCGUUAAUGCAGGGUGGUAUCGAUACUGUCCAACACAACACCAACGCCAGCAGCAGCAGCAGCAGCCGUCCUGCUUCGAAUGGCAGCGAUCGCAGCACCAGCAGCCCUGGCGGCAGUGGUAUUAAUGAGGAGAGUAAUGGGGGUGGGGUGGUAAAUAAUAUUGAAAACAAUGAACACUCUCCUCUGCAGGUUACAUACAAUUCCGAACACAAAGCACGCUCGAAUGGACAGCACUACAAUAAUAAUAACAACGAUUUGUUGGCAACAAAUAUCGAGCUAAACAAUCACAACAAUUUUUGCCAAAAUACCAAUAGAAUUGAAGGUUUAAGUAGCAGAACCGAUACAUCCAAAUUAGAAGAACAAAUGGACCAAUUAGAUGGUUUGCAGGAAGUUAAAAAUCAAUCUAACUUAAAUUCUGCUACUGUCACGAAUGUACCAGACUCUCCGGCUCAUAUGCCAUCAGAAUCAUCCACCUAUUACCAUAAUUUGGAAGAUUUUCUUGACGCCACCAUGAUAGAAAACCAUAAUCAAACACUUAACUUUACUUCAGAUUCAAAUAAGAUAUGCUCGGAAGUCACAAACACAUCAACAUCACAAAGUUGUGCCGUGACAUCAAUUCAACCGGAAGAUGGGGUGGCUACCGCUUCCAAUACGAAUGAAAACGCCCAACACAAACAAGCAAAUAAACGCUUACGCACUACAAUUUUACCAGAACAACUGAAUUUUUUGUACGAAUGCUAUCAAAAUGAAUCAAAUCCAAGUCGCAAAAUGUUGGAGGAAAUUGCCAAGAAGGUCAAUCUUAAAAAACGUGUUGUACAAGUUUGGUUUCAGAAUACCAGAGCCAAAGACAAAAAAUCUAGAAAUCAACAAAGGCAACAUUUUUCAAAUAUAUCGGAUGACAAUAGUAACAGUAGCAGUGUAACAAACAAUAAUCUCAAAGCCAAUGUAUCAGCGCUGACACCUUUGGCUGUAACAGGGGCGAGCAGUGAAGCAUCUAAUGACAUAAUAAGGGAUUGCAAUUUAUGCCAAGUGACGCAAGUUAAUAUACAACAACAUGCUUUUACAGUUGAACAUAUACGUAAAGUAAAAGAGCUUUUAGCUCAAACAACUGCAGCAGCUGCAGCUUCAAUAUUUCAAGAAGGCGUGGAAGAUGUCAAAAGCUCGCUUAAAGAUUACAGGAAUCAGCAGACACUACCGCCUAAUGGAGAGCAAAAUCAACAAAAUGUUCAACAGCAACAGCAGCUGGCUCUGAUGAUGAUGGCUUUUCAAACACAAAACAUGCCGAAUUCGUUAAUUGCAUUUAACGUUAUUGAAGACAAUUCGGCAGAAUGUGUCGCAACAGAAGAGUUAAGCGAAAAUAGUUUAUCCACAAAACUCAUGCCUAAGAAUCAAACGAAAACUAAAAGAAACCCCAUUAAAAAGAAAAAGUUGACAAUGAAAAAAUCCAACCAAGCCGAAAACCUAGCAACUGAUAAUGAGCUAUUUUUUAAUUUAAAUGCCAAUACGGCAGUUACUGCUCAUUUGAACGCUGCAACUGGCAGUAGUAGGCUAAUAGUUGACAAUUACAAAAAUGCCAAUAUAAGUCUAGACUCAAACGAGGAAAACGAUGGCAAUAAUAAUAAUAAUCAUGAAGAUGUUGAAAUUACUAAAGAUGACGAACAAGUAGUAGAGGUAAAAAGUGGAAAUGAAUGCGGUGACAUAACAAAAUCUCAAAUAUAUAAUUACAAUCACAUCGCCGGUAAGUAGUCUAUACGAAACAUCAGAAAAUUUGUCGUUGUGAACUGGGUUCUUUAUUCAAGCUUUUUCCGUUAUUUUUUAUUUAAAUUUUUAUUUAUUUUUUGGGGUAAUUUUUAAAUAUUUAAUAAAAUUCAUGAAUUAGUUUAUUCUUUUGGUUUUGUUUGUUAUCAGAAUUCUAUUUAAUAUUUAUAAAUAAUAUGAGCAGUUAAUAUUUUUAAAAAAUAAUAAAUAGAAAACAACUUUUUUAUUAAUUAAAUAAAAUGCAUGCCACAGCGUCGAACGCAUUACAUACAUUUUUCUAUCUAUAUGUGUGUAUUACACAAUGAAAAGAAACAACUGUUUUAAAAGUAUUCCAUAAUUUGUAAGAUUUGUUUUUAGCUUUUCAUAUUGUUUUAAACUUAUAGUAUUUAACAUAUUAUCAAAUAAAUUAUUAUUUUUAGUAGUAAUUUGUCUUGAAUAAUUUACAAAUAUAAACACAAAAUAUUAAUCUUUUAUAUGAAUAUAGAAAAAGACUAAAUAUGUUUUAAACAUUGUUUUUGUGUUUACUACUUUAUUAUUAUUUUUAUUUUAAUUAAAGUAUAAAAUAUAGACAUUUAAAUAUAUAUGUAUUUACUUUAUUAAUCUCCACCACUUAAACAACACCUCGCAUUAAAAAUGUUAAUUUCCAAAUAAUUAUUUAAGUGUAGACAUUAGUAAAUGUAACAAAACUGAAACUAUAUAUAUAUACAUACAUUAUUAUAAAAUAUAAUUAUACGUAAAUUACAUAAAAUAUUUUUAUUUUUCAUCAAAAAUAUAAAACUAAACUGAAUUGUAUGUGCUGCACACCAACUUCUUGAAUAAUUCUUCACAAACGCGCAUAUUGCUAUAAUAUGUUUGAAAAAAUUAAAUAUGUAUAUUAUAAUAACAUAAUUGCAUUAACAAAAUUUAUUUAAACUCGUAUUAUUUCCGAGUAAUUUUUUGGAGAAAAUUGUUUAAAAAUGUGAAAAAGACCUACGUGAAAAAUUAUAUAAAAAGUAUUUUGAUCGACAAAAAUUAACUUGUUGAGUUGUAUAAAUAUCCAUACAUACAUAUAGUUUUUAAUAUAUGUAUUUAAUAAAAAUUUUAGUUUUUAUGUUUUCUAAUAAAUG